AUGUCGCUGUACGAUGGAGUCGAUAUCGAUGGCGUCCCAAUGCAGUCAAAUUCCACGGACGGAACGGACAUUACCAAACUCUGUAAGUGAAUCUGUAUAAAGCAGGUUAUAUUACGCACUAUUUUGGUAAUGUUGGUCGGUGGUUUACUAAGUUAAUGUGAAAAUGUCAAAGUUAUUGAACGAUAUUUCGAGCGAUAUAUUUUUUGCUUGCCCUAAAACUUAACAUACAUGAUUAGUCCCUGACUAGUGGUUUAUAGCAUUUAAUGCAAAAACAUACUUAUUAAACGACUUGCCCUGGAUAGGUUUAUUUGCGCUUUAAAAGCGUAAGGCUGAUAACAUUAUUUACUUGUAUGUAGCUUAUAUAGUGUAUCACUUCGAUAGGCUUUUUACAGGACGUAACAUGUCGAUAAUUCCGAUAGUCGAUAAAAAUCGAUCGUUGUAGAUAAAAGUCGAUACUUAUUAAUCGACAAAUAUCGGAAAUCGAUAAAAGUUGAUCACAAAAUUUCUUGUGAUUAUCGAUUUUGAUCGACUUUUGGUGUUAGAGUUCGAUUUCAAUCGACUUUUAUCGAAGUAUCGAAAGAUAAAAAACGAUCAUAAAUAAAUUAUGUAGAGCUAUGUAUGUUUCAAUAUUUUAUUUUGCACUGUAACUAGAGCUGAGUAGAGAGCUAAAACAAAGCGGAUUUAUUAUUCUUAGUAGCCUCUGUUAUCUUCCUAGUAAAAACUCCAACAUGAAACAACUCAUCCCAACUCAUCACUGAAAUUAUUUAGAGGUCGAACACAAAAGUACCGGCAGAUGUACACCAUUUGCUGCUCGUCAUCAUGCUGCACUCUUUCCGAACCCCUACGCUUAUCAACGCAAUAAAGUAAUUGGUAACAAAACAUACAAAAUUUCUUCAGCUCUGUUUAUGUUAACGUACGCUUUCGAGUUGUAAGCUAAACAAAUAUACAGUGUUGCAAAGUCACUACUUGACUAUCCACAAUUAUGCUAGCGCUGUCAAUUUGAGGACCCAAGUCUCGUCAUCAGUGAAGGAUCAAAGGAUCAGUCUGUCCUGAAUAAGUUUUCGUGGACUCAGUGUAAUAAAUGUGAGUAAUUUUCUCACCAAGAAAUGUCCUAAAAUUGACCUGGACAAUUAGCCAUGAAAACACCAGUGCAAUCCAAACCUGAAGUAACUGAAUGAUCGUGAUACAGAACUCUUCAUUUGAUGCAAUGCUACAGUACCGCUCAAAAGUAAGUUGACACUCGAUGCUCAAAACUCGAGACUCUAUCCUCACGUCUCGAAGGUCGAACGCUUCGAGUUUUUAGAUGCGAGGAUCCAGUCUCAAGAUGCAAGGAUCGAGUCUCAGUUUCGAGGAUCGAGGAUCGAGGAUCCAAGAAGCUAGGUUUUCCAAAAGAACGAUGUUGUACAGUCACGUAGCCGUUCAGAUAUUCGCACUGUCGAUCAGUGCUUGCGGUGCGGUGUUCUGUAACUGUUUGUGAUGAUCACUGAAAUAAUUUUUUGAAGAAAGAUGGUUUUAAUGCAACUUUAUUCAACUUUAUUGCCAUUAUCAGUGCCGUACAACUUUUUACACUCACGAUGCUUAUACAAAGAAUCUCCGUUCCCUUGACAUGUUGAUGUCAAUAGAAAUCGAUAAAAGUCGAUACAAAAAAAAAAUAAAUUGUUGUUGCUCAUCAUAUUUGUACUGAUAUGUUUUAUUUCAAUAUUAUAAACAUGUGACUUUAUCUCACUCACCCUGAAAAACUCAUGGCAGCAUAAGUCAGUAAGUUGUUUUUGUUGACUUACUUACUUACUUUAACUUACUUGAUUUGCAAGCUUAAUAAAAUUUGCGCUUAAAAAUAUUGUGUAAUGUUGCACAAUUCGCAUAGUUUGUGCAUAAUUUGGGAUUUUUGGCGCAUAAUUCACCAAAAACUAUAAUUCCGGAAGCCCUGUUAUUAUAUAUCACUUUAACAUGUAUGCUAAUUUAGUAGAGGACGUCGUUCAGAAAUUGACAUAGAAUAGCUUGGGCUACGCAUAAUUAUUUCAUUAAAUUGUCUCUGAAAAAAUAUAGGGCUUGCAAAACAAAAGGAGAAAGGGAAAAAACAAGUAAGCCUGAGUAAUACUUUUAAUAUGAGCUAUUUUGUCCUGUGCUCAGAUUAUUCAAAUGGGCCAUGUUACUCAAGCUUAUUCAUUUUCCUCUCCCAACAGCUUUAGAGCAAAAAGUUAUGAUUACUUGUUAUUCUUUUGUUGCCCCAAAUCCUUAGCCUCAUUAUAAAUUUUAUUUAUGUUAAUGUUCUCAGAAAACGAAGUCAUUCUCUUUCGUAUUGCACAAUGUGUAGUGUUAGUGCUUUGGAGAGAUUGAAAAUAAAAUUAUACUUAUAGAAUGAUAAAUGUUCAUGUACACUGUAUGUAUUGUAAUAAACUCAAUAUGCAUGGUUUUGUAUGGUUUGAUGCACUUGCUUUUUUUGUAUCACUUGUUUGCAACAAAUUGUAUGUAAAUGUGAAUACAAUAUGCAUGCUCUUUGCAUGAAUUAUUCUAUUUUAUUACAUAAACACCAAUGAAAUACCAGGUGAGCUUUCACGUGAAAACUUGAUAUCUUCACAUGUGAAAAUAACAUGUUAUCUUCACAUGUGAAAAUUUCACCGUUGCUAUGGCUACAUAAUAAAUUGCGACUUUCACACCCAAAAAACUAUUUAAGUGAAAUGGUUUGGUAUUUCAUUGGUGUUUAUAUAAUAAAUAGAACAUUACAUGGCCACUUGGAGAUACGAAAUUUCUCUUCUUGUGUUGACAAAAUAUUUCACUCAUUUGCUGCGCACUCAUGAAAUAUUUUUCAACACGAGAAGAGAAAUUUCGUAUCUCUGUGCGGCCAUGUAAUAAUAUCCUCUAUGUAUCUACCCGUACUAGAUGCAAUGCAAUUGUUACAAGGUGAAAAUUAUUACUCCUGGAAUAUUCAUAUACGUAGUAUAGGGAAAGUAUAGAGAAAGUUAGUGUGAGGUUGGCUUCUCUGCUGUAUGCAAGAACAAGCCAUGAGGGGAGGUACAUAUACUUACCGAUGAUUAUUAUACUGAAUAUCUAUAGCUGGUUGGUCAUCAAGUUUUAAGCUUUUACAGACUCAACUACAGAGAAAGAAAGUUGCCCAAACAAAGCCUGUCUCUACAUCGGUGAGUAAAAAAUAUGUUCAUUAAUUUACUCUAUGUUAUUUACUGUACAUGUAAAAGUCAAUUUUCUUCAUUAGAAUGACGUUUGAGUUUUUUACCGUGUUUCAAUAAUUUAUUGCUACACAAAGCUUUUUGAUGAAUCUUGUAAAUAUUUACUGGUCCUUAUUUACUUAUGAUACAGAAAGCAAAAUCUGUUAAUCAAGUAGUUCUGGGGAAUAAGAGGCAAAAUGAAGAAUUUGAGGUAAGAAUAACUUCUUUGUUGGGCUAAAUUAUGAAUGUAAUGAAACAUACAUGUAUGUUAAUGCUAUAGAAAGUAAUGAACACCACCAAACAAGUGUUUUCCAGACCAGGAAACAAACAAACAAACAAAGCCUUAGUAGUAUGGAGAUGCUGCGUUGAUUUUAUAGCGUGGAAGAGCCAUUUUUAAUGAAUGGCUAUUAUUAUAGUUAUUUUCAUUGUUGUUGUUGGUGGUGGUGGUGCUUGUGUUGUUUUGGAGUUUUUUUUCCAAGUUUUCAUCGACAUGCUUUUUUCUCAUUUUUGCUAAAAAUUUGCAUGUAAGCCAUGUGAGGUCUAAGCCUCACGCCGCGGAAGGACUGCAGGUUCAAAGUUAAUUUCAAAUGGGCGUUGCUGGCUUCAGGAUGGCGUAGACAGUUUUUAGAGAGAUGUUUUUUUCAUGCUAGUCGCAUCGAAUAGUUUUGUAAUCUGCUUGACUUAAGUCAUUUGUGAAUCCUUCUGUCAAGAGUGUCAUUAAAGAUAACAUCGCCAUUACAUCGUUGGUCCUCCUGCGAGUCAAGGGUAGAGUUGAAAUUGAAGCCAAGCCAAAGCUGCAGCUUGAUUUGGGGUCUGAGUGGGAAUUAUAGUUUGGGCAAAACAAGGAGAGAGCGAGAUAAGAGUCAGAAGACUAGAUAAUGCCAGAGGUGAGUAAAGUUGAGAAAUGUUGUUCAAAGAGGGCUGUCACGAUGGCAGCAUUUCAAAGGUAUGUCAGUUUGCUAAAACUAUUGAAGAAGCAAAGACUAAGGCCUGGGACUUAACAAAAAAGACUAGAAGAUCUUCACCCAGAGUCUAUUGAAAGCGAUGGUAGUUGGCUGUAAGAUUUAAAGUAUAAUGUCAGUUAGAUUAUGGGCAAAGUUUCGGAUUAUCUCGCACGAAAAAGUAAAGUUGAACUCCAGGUUUUUCAAGCACAAUCUGUUAGCGAAAACGAGGCUGCAAGUUCUUCAGUCAUGGUAGGAGAGCUCUCGAACAGUAAGGGUUGUGGACUCAAAGAGGUGAAAAUUCCGACUUUUCAAGGAAACCCUGAUAAGUGGCCGUACUUUUGGGGCAUUUUCAGUUCGAUGAUUGAUCAAAACAAAACUCUGUAAAGUCCGAUCAAGUUAGCUUACUUCAAUAACCUUCUUAGUGAUAGUCAGAUGUAAUUGCCUGUUUAAUGCUAGAACCGGGCGAUUAUGAAAGGGCAGUGUAGCUAUUAAUGCAGAGAUGUUUGGUGAUCCCCGUGAAGUUCUAGAUGCACACCUUCGUCUCAUUACAAAUUGGCCACAGAUUAAAGAAAAAGAUUGUGAGGGAUUUGAACGGUUCACUGAUGCCUUAUAAGCUGCUGUGUUCGCUUUGGACCGCCCCUAUUACAAGCACGAGCUACUUAGUGUCCCCCUUUGUACGCAGUUAGUUCGCAAGCUACCCACGCCGGAGAAAGAUGAAUGGGUGCGACAAACUGAAAGUGAGCACUGCACGUGUCCGAGGAUGUCAAAGGUUUAGCUGAGUGGCUCGAGUCAUGAGCUAAAACACUGCGAAAGCGUGAAUGUUACAAUGAGCAGCCUGCCAUUCCCACAAAGGAUAGAUUUAGUAGAGGAUCUGUGCAGUCGUUGUUGAAGCCCCCAAAAUACUGUAUCAGUCGAUGGUCACAACAACUAAUCCAGCUUUGUUGCCUAGAAAGUGUUCACUGUGUGAUAGCGAUCAUUCAGAGGUCACAUGUCCGACUCUACUUGCAGCCUACAUAGAGAAACGAUGAGACAUUGUUAAAACGAGAAAGGUCUGUUUUGGCUGUCUCAAGGAUUGUCAUCAGUGCCGUCAAUGCCGUCAAUCCACAAAAUGUGGAGUAAAUUCAUGUGAAAAAGGGCAUUACUACCCACUGUAAAGAGGAGUUGAAACUACAAGAGCCCCUGAGCAUUGAACUGCCCACCGAGAAUGGAGAAAUUCGUUUUGCUAGACGUAAAGCGCAGAGCAACCAAACGGAUUCAGUUAAAGUUGCAUUUAAAAAGGUGACAGUCCCCUUUUUGAGUGAUUCUGGGAGGAUUUUGUUCUGGCCUUAUUCUCCUUGGACACCAGCAAUAAGACGACACUUGCAAACCAGCUGAGUAUUCAAGGUCCCAAGCAGAAUCUUACCGUGCAGGUCGUUGAAGGAGUUAGAACAACUGUCAAGUCACACUGAGUCAGCUUACCUUUUGUGCCCUCCGUGCCUGGACUAUUAAGAACAUACGCGCACCUUUGGAAACUGUAGAGUGGUCAGAAGUCAAGAGAUGCAUUUACGUGAUGUCCUGGUGGAGUCCUUUGGUGACGAAAACAGUGGAUGUUUUACCCAGUCUAGAUGCUGCGGCCUUAAUGGUCCAGGUAGAAGUCAGACACGGACAUCACUUUGAGCCAUAUGCUGAGUUGACGCCACUCGGUUGGGUGAUCGUUGGACCAAUUUCAUCUACCCGUGGUCCAGGAAAACGUGUUCUUCGUGCGCAAGUAAUGGAGGCUGAGGAUGACAUCAGUAACCAGUUCCCCAUGUUUUAGGAGGUGGGAACAUUUGGUGUUCGGUUGGAGGCAGCCUCAGUAUACAUCCGCAGUGAGCAUAGGGUGAUGGACAUACUUAAGGAGACAUGCCGCAGGGUUGAUUCGGGCUAUGAACUGGGAGUCCUGUGGAAAGCUAAUCGACCACCGUUGCCUGAUAACUAUGAGAAAACUCUUAAACGUCUGGCAUCUAUUAAACGUCGUCUAAAACGAGACCCAAAGUUGGCCAAAGGUUAUGAUGAGUCAUACUUCUGUACGUUGAGAAAGGGUUUGCUCGCAAACUGUGCAAUAAGGAGUGUCCAGUGGACGCGGAGCACUGGUUUCUACCCCCAUCACUCAGUAAUCUUGCUUCAUAAACCACUGCCGCGAGUGGUAUUUGAUUCUGCAGCAAAGCAUGAAAGAAUUUGCCUUAUUGACUGCCUUGAUACAGGACUAAGCACUCUGCUGAGAUGUUUCUGAUACAGUGUAUGUUCUGUCAUGUACACUUGAAACCGGAAGAUUGCAAGUACCACUGAUAUCUGUGCGUGAUGUGAAGACAAACAGGCCGCUAGACAUCUAUGAAAUGAACUGCGUGGUGUUUGGAGACAAGUCAUCGCCUUGUGAAGCUAACUUUGCUAUGAUUAGAAGACAACCAGGAAGAAUCGCCUACCGCAGCUGCCGUAGUCAGACGUAACAUUUUCAUCAAUACACGUGUUGUAGAAGCCAGGUAGAGGCAGUGACUUUGCACAGGGAUGUUACAGCUCUCAUGGCCACCAGAAGUGUUAGCUACAGUGCCGGAAGCCGAACAGGCUGAAAUUACCUCUAGUUCGCGGUAGGGUUUCAGGUGGGAUGCGCGGUCAGACCCCUUAGGGCUUGCAUUAAUGCACUUGAUCUCUCGGUUUGGAUUGGCAUGACCAGGUGCCAGUAGAUAUGAAUCUUGAGUGGCCCCUAAAAUCGUUUACUGUUCCUCACAUCUACAGUCUUCCAGGUCAAACAUGGAUUAGACAGUUCAUUGUCUUUUCUGAUGCCUCAGAAGACACCUGUGCAGCCGCUGCCUACUUGCGAGCUACUGACAGAGAAACUGUGUGUCAUCUACUUAUGGCUAAGACGCGAUUUAUGCCCUCGAAGACAAUUUCCAUACUUUGAGGAGAGUAAAUAGGUUGUCAGUUAGCUGUGCGCCUUGCAAAGGGUUGUCUGUGAGUAGCUGAAUUUAAGCAUCUAUGACCUCAAGUUUUUUACAUACUCUACCACAGCGCUCUGGUGGAUUCGUGGAGAGCCUAGAAACUUUUGUCCGUUUGUUGCCAACCGAGUGACUAAGCUGCUGACUGAAAGUAAACCAACACAACGGCAUUAUGUGCAUACAAAUCUGAAUAUUGCAGAUAUCGCUACCUGGAUCAAGGGUCCAGAAUUCCUCAAGUGCGACAAAUCAGAAUAGCCGAUUGAUGACGUACCGAUACCUACGCCCCCAACAGACGAGGCUGAGUUAAAGAGCUUAUUCUAGUUGGAUCAAGCUUCCUUACGAGACAGCCUGCAUUCAACGCUUCUGCCACAACGUGCAAAACAAAGGGCAACGUAGUCAAGGAACUUAAUCCGUUCUCGAGCUAAGGGAAGCCGAAUUAUACUGGAUCAAGUGGGUGCAGAGAGAAAACUUCCAGCCGAAGUAGAAUCGUUGUCCAAAGGACGCCCUGUUCCAUGCACAAGUCGUAUCACCAGCCUUAACCCACAGUUAGUGGAUAGAGUUCUGCGUUUUGGGGGACGAAUUGACCAGGCUAAAUUACCCUAGGAAGCCUAACAUCCGAUUAUCCUGGAUCACGAACACGAUGUUGCACGCCUCCUCGUAACUGGCUAUCACCAAAAGCUGAUCCACGCGGGAGUAGAACACGUGUUCAAUUAUCUGAGAGAAAAAUUUUGGAUCUUACAUGAUCGCGCAGAAGAGAAGAAUUGCACUGUCAAAAUCCCAGUCUAUCAUCGACGCCAUGUCAGGCCGUUGACCCAGAAAAUGAGUAAUUUGCAAGCAGUGCGACUUGGAGGAGUACGCACACCAUUGCAGCCUGUGGGCUUGAACUAUGCUGAUCCGUUCCGGGAUUGUGUUGGUCGCAACAGAGUGGAGAAACAAUAUGUUUGCCUCUUCACACGUGCGUUCUCUUCAUCUUGAAGUCACUCAUAGCCUUGGCACUGACUCGUGGCUAUCAUGGCUCCACUUCGUUUCCGAGCCCGCCGAGGGAACCCAGUGCGUAUUCUAAGCGACAAUGGCGCGAAUUUCGGAGGUGCUGAACGUGAAGUGCAUGACUCUAUAGCUGAGAUCGACCAGGAGCGAGUCAACGCCUAGCUGAGUGCACCGGACUGGUUCCAAGUUAAUUUCAAACAGGCGUUGCUGUAGUGAGCAUGGCGUAGUCGGCGUAGACAGCUUUUAGAGAGAUGUUUUUUCAUGCUAAUCGCAUCAAGAAGUUUUGUAAUCCGCCUGAUUUAAGUCAUUUGUGAAUCCUUCUUUCAAGAGUGUCAUUAAAGAUAACGUCGCCAUUUCAGCUGGUUUCAGUCAAGGUCAGCAAAAAAUGUUUAUUUAUAAUUUUAUUGCAUCUCCUAAGCUACAAUUUACCGAUAGUUGCCUCUACAUUACGUUUCAUGUUUUUGGAGAAAAAUUCUAUACUUCCUGAAAAUCUGAACCUUUUUAGAAUAAUACAGCGUAAUGUAUUGGAUUGCUGUUGUUAUGUAAACAAACAUAAAAAUAUGUUAAUUGGCUGGGAAACGCUUUGAGAAAGAAUUUAAUGCAAAUUUGCAUGCCAUUGCAUUUACAAGGUAUACAUGUACAUGUAUUAUCCCAUUUGUAGUUAAUAACUUUUAAAUUGUCAAGUUAAAAAUGUUUUUAUUACUUGCAUGAACUAAGUUUUAGUUUGAUUACUAUUUUGUAGGAUUCCGAUCUUGAUGGCAGAGAAAUACCAGUAAGCUCACCCAAGUCUUUUAGUCUUUAGAUUUCCUCUAUGCUGUAAUGCUCUUGGCCUAAAUAGCUAUUACCAGUUACUACAGUGUAUUGAUUGUACCAUUUUUAAACAUAAAACGUACUGUGGACAAAUGAUUCAGGGUUGAUAUUCUGCUAUGUAAAUAUUAUAAUAAGCAAGGCAUCACAAAUAAUGUUUUUGUGAUUUAGUUAUUCUUAACAGACUUUAUUAUACGCGUGGAAAAUAUUUUUCUAGCCUGCAUGCACUUUGCAGACAUCCUAUGUCGCUAAUCGUGUUCCGGGCUUGCUUGUAUUUGAAUUCAGCUGAAAACGUGCAGAGAAGGUUUAAUUUUCAGGAGACCUUUAACCUAGGGCGAUAAAACGUUAACGAUUCUGGAUUUUGAAUUUUCGUGACCGUGUUUGUAGAUAAUGCGGAAGUGAGUGUCUCAGGAAUCAAGACCUUUAAGAAUAAAUUUUUAUUUGGUGCUUUUCGCAAGAGAACCUAACACUGCACUCUUAUAUGAACGUAUUCAUGGGACAGGGCCAUCUAUAAUUUAGAUUGAGCUCAGUAUAAGAUGAAUUCUUAAGUUUUGAAAUGACUACAAUUCUGUACGGGAAUAAAAUGUUUUGAUACUCUUGUCACAUUUCAAUAAAAGAUGUCAUUUGCUAAUUUUAUUAGAAACCAGAACGAAGGUAAAAGUUAAGUCAAUGGCAGCAAUGUGCAGCUCGGCGUGGGGAAAUUUUUGUGCAUUUGACUGGGAUGAUUUGCCUGUGGGCAGGGAAAAAUGCCCUGCCUCCCACUCCGCCGGCUUUACAUUGAUAGGUGCAUAAGCCUUUCGCUGAGGAGUAAGUUAUUGAAGUGAAAACAUCUGUAAAACCUUAGCUGUUUUUUGAUGAUUCCUGUUAGGACAUUGAUGUACACAAGGUGCCAGAACCAUUCAUAGAAACAGAGGCUUCACUUGCUGUCAUUAUUGAUGAGUAUGAUCCAAUGAGGCCAAAUGAAUAUGAAGUUGUGCAACAAAAGUUCCGCGAAGACAAAGAAAAUGAGAGAAGUGAAAGGCCAGAUAGAUCAGACAGAGGAGAGAGGUCAAGAGAUCGUGAUUAUGACAGAGAAAGGUAUGCAAAUAAUUUUGCUCACAACGCUUCCUAAGUUAAGAUACAAGUAAGAGUGUACCUCCCAGGUAUAUCUUAAGUUUCCUUCCUCCAAACAUAAAGCAUAAUCCUCUGUUAGAGCGGUUUUCACUUGACUGUCGUAAAACCAAAACCAAAGUAAAUACACUAGCCAACCAAAGGGCGUAGUAACACCAAAACCAAAACCAAAACCAAUACCUUUCGACAGUCAAGUGAAAACCGCUCUAUGAGUGAGACUAAUCACAAAACUUGAUGUUCUUUUGUAUUGAAGUAAUAAUAUUUAAGGGAAAUUGGUCAUUUUCAGGGAGCUUGACACUUUCUGCUUUCAAUUUUAUUUAGGCAUAGAGAUCGGGAUCGUGACCUAGAUCGGGAACGGGAUCGAGAAAGGGAACGGGAAAGAGACCGUGACAGAGAUCGUGAUCGCGAUCGUGAUCGUGACAGGGAUCGAGACAGAGAUCGUGAUCGUGAUUACAACAGUAGAGACAGAGGCAGAGAAAGGGGAAGACGGAGAGGUGGUGAUGAUGAUGAUGACAGCCAUAGCCGUCCUUCUCGGUAUGGUGGUGGAGCAGCAAUCGCACCUCCCCCAGCUCUUAUGGAGGAGUCAGGUAUAUAAAAUUCCUCAAUGUCAGCCAUCUGACCAUACUUCCUGUUAAGAAAAGCUGUGUCAUGACGCAAUAAUCAAUGCAAGAGUCUUUUCAAAGAUACUGUAAUGAUAUCUUACUUUAAAAUGAAAUGGGAAACAAAAGCUGUGAAAUUAAACAUCUUUCUAAGAGGACUCGUGUUGUUUUCUCUUUUACUAUUUUUUCUAACAUUCAAAUGUAAAUAACAUUGUCCAUUUUUCGUAUUUUGCCUUCAAUAUCCAAGGAAUAUGUAGAGUUAGAUCUUUUAUGUCUGUAAAUUCUAAUACUUUGUUUUAAUUGUUUUCUUUUUUCAGCCCCAGCACCUUCUUCUGAGCAGUGGCCUGUUUCAAGUGGAGAGAAACCAAAUGUUGGUUUUGCUGCCAGGUAUGAACUGAUUAUCACUACCUUGCGUUUUACUCACACGUUGAAAUUUUACAACCGUGGACAAAAUUCUUGAGGCUAGGCAAGUUUAUUCCUGGGGGGCCUAGGACGAGUGCUUGUUUUCGCGUAAAGGCAAGGCUAAUGAGUAAUGAGGGUCAACUGCUUGGCGAAACACAAACAGGCAUGAUAAAAAUGCGGCUGAGUUGCUGGAAAACAAGGAAAAUCUUAAACGUUUUAAGGUUCCUGUGGGAUUACAGGCUUGAAAAAUCCUUGUUUCCAUAAGCAAAGUGAAGAUCAGCUCGUCUUCGCUGACAACGAGCUUAAGAGUGAGUUGAAUAAAAAUGGAAGAUGGUAUCAAAAUCCUCAAAACAUGGUUAUACCCUGAAACAAUUUUAAGGUUAGUUUUCAGUGAUCGUUCAACUUCGUUUAGGACGCCUUUCAUUGAAAUGGACGUAUCGGUCGAAAACCUGCAAUUAAGUUAAAACACCUUUUCAGGUGACAUUUUAUAAAUACUGAGCAGUUUUAACUUCAUUUUCACUCGAGUACAGUAUUAUAAAUGAAUCGAAUAUAGACAUUUUGACAAAAUUUACCAUUAGCUUGCUUCUUCGUUUGGCUUUGUGGCUUUUUUUCAUUUCUCUGUUAGUACGACCAGAUCUUCCCGCAGUUUUGCUGUUUGAGACAGAUAUCCCUUUACCUUACUGGUAACGUUUGAGCUUUGAAAUCCUACUAUUUUCAUGAUUUCUAUCGUUUUCCAGCGACUGCUAGCAGUUUCUUUCUAGUCAGCUGAGAAGAAAAGCUCUUACGGCGUGACUGCAACUGUAGAAGGAAUGAACAAGCUGAGAAAGGAUACCUGCCUUGCUUGCAUGCUAGUCAUAUCCUCACUCACCCAGACAAUGCUGAUUGAAAGGGAAAAUAUCCAAAAAUUGAAAGCGGGGUGUGGGAAGGUGAAAAGGCCAGGAACCAAUGAAAGUCACUGAAUGUCUUUCGUGGUAUGUGCCCAUAAUUCCAGAUCGAGGGACGAGACCCAGUGGUGUAUAAGAAAGACGUUUUCCACUUACCUUGUUUCUUUUAUUCCUUGGUAACUAAUCCUGUUGACAUGUAUUCUCUCUCUCCCUCUCCCUCUCCCUUUCUCUCUUUUUUCUUUUAUUUUUUAGUCCUGUGGCAUCUCAGAUUAUGGCAAAGUAUGGCUGGAAAGACGGACAAGGUAAUGGGCAAAUUAUAUUUAUACUGGUGUUGCAUGAUAAGUCUAUUUAUGGUUAACGUACUUUAAUUUAUUACGUAGGUUUAGGAAAACAAGAACAGGGAAUUAAUACUUGUCUUCAAGUGGAAAAAACAAGCAAGCGUGGUGGAAAGAUAAUCAACCAGGACAAAGGUAACGUUGACUACUUAAGGUGGUCCGAACCUAUUUAUAUGCGCGUUGGUUAUGUUUUGGAAUCGCGUUUUUCGGCAGGAAAGAUUUAAACGAUUUCUAUGAUUUUUUGCAUCCCUAAUAAAGAAUGCUCGAACUUUGAGAAACUGUUAUUUACUUUCUUGUAGGUAUUAAAACGUUUGAAAUAUCAGCAUAUGUUUAAAACCGCAUUUUUACAAAAAAUGUCAAUAAUUUCGAAACCCUAUGACAGAUUUUUCUCUAACUUCAGCAAAUAAGCCUCAGAGCUCUCUAGAUUUGUAUCUGCAAGUUUGAAGUCAAUCGUGACCGUAGAACUCGCUGCACAAAUAGCUUGUCAAAUUUAGCCUUAAAAUGCAACGCUAACACAUUUGUGAAAGCAUCCUCGGAAAGCCAGGGGCACAUAGUGGGGUCGAGGGAAAGUCUAAACAGGCGGGAAAAUAUGGCACAAAAGAAAAGUAAAGAACGGCCAGAAGAGCCCCUGGGGACAACACAAGUUUUCUGGCACCAAUCAGAAGCCAGAACGGCGACGACCGUUUGGAACUGGUCCGGUAAGACAUUAUCCCCAGGGGCUCUUCUGGCCGUUCUUUACUUUUCUUUUGUGCCAUAUUUUCCCGCCUGUUUAGACUUUCCCUCGCCCCCACUAUCUGCCCCUGGGUCUCCGAGGAUGUUCUGAAAGUUGACGUACAAAUAGAGGAAAACUGCCGACAGACUAUCUCCUAUCUGCAAUAGUAUUCUUGCCCAAAGCCACAGUUGCAAGAAACUGGCUGAUCAGAAACCUACGGCGAAUACAGUUUACAAUACAACAAGAACAACUUUAUGCUGAAUGCGGGACAAGAUUUAAAAACUUUCAUUCAUCAAACUUACUUUGUAUUUGUCCCUCCCUUUUCGAAACCUAUCUUAACAAGGCAAAAUAUAGUAUCUACGAAAAACUCCUAAGAGUUUUUAGCGUCGCAGGUUUCCAUUUUUAUGACAAAUGAAGCCACCAACUCCAGUACUUCUAACCGUCCAUUUCUCAGCUGCACUGAAAGCCCUUGUACUUGGUAAUUUAUUCAUGGUUUUUAGACUUGACUUCACAUUCGCACGGGAAGUUUGCCGCUUGGGGAUAAAGAUGAAGAAAAUAUGACAAUCGUCUUAUUCUUUUCAUUAUCCUAAGUGGCAAACUGCCCGUGCGAAUGUGAUGGCAAAUCUUACAAGCUUGAAUAAAUUACCUAAUAUAAGGGUUUUCGUUCCAGCUGAAGUACUGGAUCCGUUGAAGUACUGGAGUUGGUGGCUUUAUUUCUCCUCAAGACGGGAACCUUCGGUGCUAAAACUGGUAGGAGAUCUCCGUAGAUGCUAUAUCUUGCUUUGUUGAGAUUUUUUUUUCGAAAAGAUAAGGGCAAAUACACAGUAACUUUGAUAAACAGAUGUUCGUUCAUCUUGCCCACAUUCUAUUUGUGCAGCGAGUUCUACGCUCACGAUUGACUUCAAACUUGCAGAUAUAAAACUAGAGAACUCUGAGGCUUAUUGGGGUUUCGAAGUUGUUGACAUGUUUUGUAAAAAUGUGAUUUUAAACAUGUGCCGAUAUCAAACGUUUUUAUACCUACAAUUAAAUAUAUAACAGUUUCUUAAAGUUCGACCAUUCUUUAUAAAAGGUCCCAAAAAUCACAGGAAUCUGUCAAAACUUUCCAGUCGAAAAACGCGAUUUAAAAACAACCAACGCGCAUAUAAAUAGGUUCGGGCCACCUUAAGUAAAAGACUCUUCAGAUACCAAAAUACUAGUGUACUUGUAUCAUAAUAAUCCGAGAGAUUCAGAAUCACUUGCACAGCAAGCAGCAAAAAUCAGGUUCAAGUUGACAGUUUCUUAAGAAAUGAGCAGAUAAGAAGUUAUGUUCAAAAUGAUUUAUAUGGGUUAAGCUGUCUUGAAAGUACUUGUUUCUUUGUAGAUAUAGUAAACACUUAAAUAUAACAGGUAGAGGGAAAACUUGAUUCUCAAUCUCUAAAAAGUAGCUCGAUCGUCGUAACUGAUGCAUUGAUGAGAAUAAAGAUUUGGUUUUACAUGUACAUUCGUGCAUUUUGAGACUGGACUGUUUGGAUUCGUAUUUUUAUUUAUUUAUUUUUUAUCUACAGAAUCAAAAGCUGCCGUUAAAGAAGCAGAGCCAGUGACUAGUGUGAUGAAAAAUCCAAGUAAAGUCAUUGUCCUGAGAGUAAGUACAGCUCUCAUUAGUUAUUUUCUCAUGAACACGCGGGUAUCGUUCUCUGUCUGAUCAAAAAGAUAACAUCUCUGAAUGCAUAUACUGAAAUGAGCAGUCUCUGAGAGUAUGAGCCUAACCUACCAAAUAUCGCGGGAGAAAUUCUAUUUUAACAACUCGGAAUUUCCUAGUUUUCUUUAUGACUGCUAUUUCCUUAGAUAGUGUUUGCAAAGAAUUUCUUGAAAAUUACACAAAUUUCUCAAGUUAACCAAUGCUUUCAACGCCUGAACGUAAUUUGUAUACAUAUAUACGGCGAUGCCCUAAAUGGCUCACCUCGUAUGCCAGUCAGCAAAAAUGUAAACAAUGGACGCACGUCAGCAAAGAUUUGAUAUUGGUUUGUCCAACAAAUAAGGAAAUUCUCCUUCCAUCACUGUUCUAAAUUUGAUCCUGUUCUAAAGUUGAACCUCUCCGCAACGGGCACCUUGGUGACAGAAGAAAGGCGCCGUUGUGGAGAGGUGGCCGUUAUAGGGAGGUAGGGGUGUAAUAUGACGUCUUUUUUGUCGGGGACAUCUUUUUUCUGUUUAUUGUGCGAAGUUCAUCCUUACUGUACCUUAAAUGGUUGUCCAAUCAUAAAUAAUAUAAAGAGAUAAGUACACAAUAAUGCUUAAGUAAUGUUGAAUCAAAAUGUUAACAAGACAAUAGGAGCAAGGCUCGCAACAUUCGUUAUGUAAAGUAUUGUACACAAGGAAGGAAGGUGACUUUCUCUCUUGCAUUGUAAUCUCUAAAAGUAGCUACUACUACUCUUUCUUAACUCAGAGUCGGCCUAAGGUAAAUGUUCUACUUAUUUUCUUAGCAAAGGAUUUUAUAAAAAAAAAGUACUGUGUCGUUUGGAAAUAAGGAAGACGAGUGCAAGAGUAGUCUCUCUUCAAAUGAGGCAGACAACUCUUAUGUUCUUGCAAACUUUUGUCUUGUAGAAUAUGGUAGGUCCUGGUGAAGUAGAUGAUGAAUUACAGCCUGAAGUUGUUGAUGAAUGCGGUAAAUACGGUGAAGUUGUUAAAGUGAUCAUAUACGAGGUAAGUAUGAUACGAUAGUUGUUUUUUUCGUUCAGCUUUUAUCUUAUUUAUGUACUUUCAAGUAAGUAAGAAAUUAAGGAAGGAAGAAAAUCCAAAUACAGUAUAGCUGAAGGUGAAACAUGGAACUAACUAGACUCGCCAAAAGGCGAAUUCACUGGGAUGCUUCUGCUAACACUAGACAGAAAUAUUUUAUCGUAUGAAAACGAGAAGUUUGCUAAAAUAGACAGCCAACUGCCCAUUGAUCCCGAUCCAUGGGCCUCAUUGAUUACACUGAGACGAUCCUAAUUUGCGGUCUACAGUCUACAUAAAAACCGUUUUCAUGUUAAACGCAUUAUUUUUUUUCCACAAGAUAAAAGAUAUUCAGUUUUAACAUUUUUCUCUUGGUAUUUUUCUCUAGCUUAAAAGAAUAAAAUCAUUUGCAUUUGUGAACUAUGUUGCUUUCAUCGGCACUCGCUUUAAACAAUGUAAAUAGAUGAAACGAUCGAUAACAUAUUUUUUUUACCGUGAUACUAAUAUGAGUUAAAAAUUCGCUCGAGUUUGCCUUUUGUCUCAUCCGUGACUAACUUUUCUUUAUGGCAGAAAAUUAUGCCGCUUUAUAACUCCUCCGAAGUUUUUGUGCCAGCUGGACUGAGCGAAACGCACUACGUGCCCUUAUUUACUUCUGAUCACAUUAAAUAAUAAAGUAAUAAAGUCUUUAUUCAUCAAAAGACAAAAAUACAUAUCUUUUGUUACAAGUCAGUGUAAGAAAUUUUAAAAGAGGUAAAAAGUAAGAACUAAAAAAAUUCUAGUUUAUUACAUAGCUAAUUCAUAUUUAAAAACUCAACCAUUAAUAAAAGACUUUUUAAAACGCAUAGUGUUAAUCUUUGGUUUAAAACAAGUUUCUUUCCUAAGAUUGUAACUGGACGGUUUAACACGAGGCUUAAUAGAUAAAAGUGGAUGUCUUUUAGCAUUAGAAACUUUUCUGAAAAUUUUACGGUCUUGCCUCUCUAAGAAAUCAUAAACACUUACUGGCUUAGACUUAUAUUUCUUUUUAAAACAGCGGUCUAAGAAACAUUGUACAGGUGUAAGAUCGGACUCGGACGCGGCGUAGACAGAUGAUGCGUACUUAAUAUAAGGUAGAACUAUUGUAUUAAAGAGAAGGUCUAUUUCUGACUGAUUGUACCCCUCUUUGCGCAGCGUUCUAACUCUCUCUUUCCAAGCGAUUUAUCUCAAUGUACAAUAACUAUAUUAAUUCAAACCAUAUGGCUUAUUGAUAUUAAUAUUGUUUUCCCCCUCGUUUCUAUUCAAAACACCUUUAGGAAAAUAAAGGUCGUGUAAGUCAUGUGUAUUAUGUUUCGAGAUAAAUCCGUCAGAGGCUUUUUUAAGUUCCCAUUUUGCGGUGGCCAUAAAAUGGUAGAAGAAACAUCACCCGAGCUUAAAAUUUUCAAAGGUUUUUUGAAACUCGCUCAUGCUGACAUCAAUCUAUCGUGCUUGCUAAAUGGGCGAAUACACAGAAUUGAGGAGACGCAUAAAAAAUGAUAACAAGAUCAUGUACAAAUUUAAUGAUAAAAGCUUAGCAAGAUACAGAUACAAACAAAAGCAAAACCUCUGGGCUACACUUGUAUACUCCACUCAGUCACCAAAUCUUGUCAGUAAUAGCUCAAGUUAAUCUUUGUGAAGUUUUCGGAUCGGAUGUGCCGGUGAAGUUAAGAACUCGUGUAGAAAUUCUCAAAGUUCCUAUUUUUGUUCGUGUCUUCUUUUUCCUCGGUAUCCGAAAUUUAGUCCUCCAAAGUGGCGUGUGUUGCAUUAAAUAGAAAGAAAUAUUUAAAUGAAAAGCCAGUCUUCUAACAUGGAAAAGUUGUCACGUCCCUCGCUCAUGGACGUCCAUUUCUUAACAUCAGGAUUCGUCUGACAUUCAUCGGCAGCUAAGUUGUUCGCUUCAGUGCAACUGUAACGAGAGGAAAUUUCACUGCGUCAAGCGGCUUUUCGGCCUGUCAAACCAAAUUGACGGGUAUUUCGUCUUGAUGUAUGGGUGUGGAAUGUUUCUUUUUUCUUGAAGUUGAUAAAUUGCAGUUGCUCUUUCUGGUAGCUUGAGGGAUUGUGUGAAAAUGAUGCUGGAGUCUUUCAGGCGGACUGGAGUAAGAAGAAAUUGUAGAAUGAUGUGGUGAUUUGCUUGGACGCGACUGGGUGGCUUGCUUUCAAAAUGUACUGUUUAAAGACUUGACUUGGUAAACUCCGGAUCACUGACUAAUUUGCAUCCUUCGAGUAAGGCGGUUGUUGAUUCUUGCUUGAUUUGGGAGUUGACAUGUCCAUCAGGUGACAUUAGCAAAAGAAUGAGGAGGAAUUUGAGAAAGAAGUGACGGGCCUUCUUGCACCUGUGUAGGAAAGCACUAUAAUAAUGGGGAAGCUUGCUUAGGAAUUUAUCGACGUCAUUGCUUCUAGCAACAGGGGUGGUCUUUACGACGGUAAGGAGAGCUACAGGUCGUGAAUAUUCUCCUAGGGUCAUCUUAAGUGGGUAGGUCUUGUCUAACUUUAAUGUUCCUUCAGAAAAAUUAAUGAUCGCACCAUUGGACUGCAGAAAAUCUCUUCCAAGAACAGCGUGAUAAGCCAUAUUGUUAAUGACAUGAAAUUGACACGGAAAUUGUCUUCCAUUUAGUAACAAGGUGACUUGAAUCUGGCCAAUAGUUGAAAGUUUUUCACCACUGACGGUAUGCACUUCUGGGAAAGUACUCGGGGUCAUUUCAGGAUGGGCGUCAUCAUGAAGGACUUCCUUGACAAAUUCGUAGUUUAUCACCGAGAUAAGCUCCCGAGGCAAUGAGUAGUUUCGUUGGACAAUCAUUUAUUUUACCAAUGACAAAGGCGGUCCGUUGCGGUCUAUUUGGUGGAAAACUACGCUGUGUGGGUUUGAUCUUCUUAUGCAUUGCAGACCCUUGUGUAUUUCUGUUUGAUUUUGAGUGGACUCUAGUCUCUUGAUUUGAACUCGAUAACUCCUGUCGCUGGUGAGUGGGCUCCUGAUCUGGCGCGGACUGAAGAGAGUCGUCUGCAAUCGUGUAGCGUUCAUCACUUGAUAUAAUGCGCACUUGGUCUUCUUCAGCAGGGUCGCUAUGUGUGGCAACAGUUUGCGUUGCAUUUGUCACUUGCAGAUUUUCUUUGUGGCUGUUGGUCAUCACGAUUACCUUUUCUGAAGAAUUAGGCUUGGUUUUUGUAUAGGUUUCUGGUUCUGUCGCAUUCUCUUGACUGUGCUGAGGGUGAAAUGUACUCUGAGUCUGAUCAGAGUGGCUCUGACGUUUUGAGUUUAGAGUUGGUUCAGUAAAAUCAGUCUUAAGUAUAUCGCGUGCACGUGCCUCAUUCUUCUUCAUUGAAUUGUAGUUAAUUGGCUGGACAGCUUGAAUGGUACUUAUUCUUGGUACCUCUGUAGACCAAAAUAUGGGUGGAUUGCUUCGUCUUGCAUAAUAAGCUCCUUCAGGCUGUGCUUCUUGCUCUGUCUGUUGGUGGUUUGGCUGAUUAAACUGGGCAACAACUAGUUCUGUGGUACCGUCGGCUUCUAAAGCAGCAGUUCUUGGGCCUGUCCGUGUGUGUGGCUGAGUGUUUCGAGGAUUUUGAUAUUGAUUUCGUUGAUCAACUCUAGCAUAACAGUUCUGUCUCACGUCACCCACUCGACCACAGAUGUCACAAACCGGGCGCCCCUCCCGGGUCCGUACUCUCGGUUGUUCUUGUCGAUUGUUUCUAUUUGUGUGGGCUUUCAUGAACCCGUCUAUGCGAGCUUGCAUUCGACGUAUUUCAUUCAUCAUUCUUUCUUGUAAAUGGGAUGCAUCUUGUCCACUGUAAUUCAUGCGGUUGUGAAACUGCUGUAGUUGUUGUGAACAACACUGAGCGGUCCUUAAAAAUCUGUUUUCUUCCCUAAGGCGCCGCAGUUCUUCUGAUUCACUGCCAGAGUGAUUACGUUCACUUGUAGAGGGCUGAUAGGCUGCAAUAGCAUUAAAAUGUUCUUCUGAAGUUAUGCCCCUUAACUGACGAACUUGUUCUUGUAAGUACCUCAGUUCUUCAUCUGCCGAUUAAAUAGCGGUAGGCUGGUAAGCAGCAGUUUUAAGCCCUGUACUUUCUUGAGGGCGGUUUCCAACCAUUUUCAUGAGUUGCUCCAUUCUCUCUCCAAGGCGUGUCAUUUUACUAUCUAUAGCAGUGGUGUACUGGGGCGAGUACUGGUAUGCGUUUAAAGCGGCUUCUGACUUAGAGGGCGUUUUGGCCAUAGUUGACAUUACGUUAUCAAGUUGAUGCUGUAUUCGAGUAAGAGCACCUGGUACUUCAGAAGUUGCGCCUGCAUUAGUUGUUGAAGGCACGCAACUAGCAGCCUGUACAAUACGUGAGACAUCUUCUUCUUUUCUCUUAAGGGUGGACUGUUGAAUGGAGUAAAUAAGUCUUGCUGUUUCUUCUGGCUCGUUGUAAGUUUUAGGUUCCUUUUUUAAUACCUCAGCUUGAAUAUCUGCACGUAGUCCUUGAAUAAGGUAACAAAUUUUAUCGUCAUCACGAAGAUCUAGGCAGCUAAAUUUUUCAUUCAAAUCUGCUAAGUAGGUUUCAAUAGAUUCAGAUGGACCUUGGCGGCGUUUUGACAGUUCUGGUCGGUUUUUUAGGUGGCGAUGAGUAGGAGAAAAACGUUCCUUCAAUGCGUCUCUCAACAAGGUGUACGAAGCUUGUACUGAACUAAGAGGAUUAUAAUAAAAUGUUUCUGCUGGCCCAGAAAGGUGAAGAGCCAGUUUAACAGCUGCCUGGUCUCUUGAGCACGAUAGUUUUCCGUUGACAAGGUAUAAGGAGAAACGCUGAAGCCAACGAUCAACAAUUUCAUUUUCGCGUUCAUGGAAUAACGUAGGCUUGACAACAAUAGAUUCUGUUACAUGUGGGGUGGACAAAGAAACUUGUGCAGCUUCAAGUUGUUGGCACAUUUGGCGCUGUAAAUCUACCAUUUCUCUUUGUAGAUCGAAAUUCCUUCUGUUGCCAUUUUAGACUGAGUAAAAAUAUCUUCACUGGAACUGUUGAUUGAACAACUGGGAAUAAAAUCGUCGUAUUCUAACUGGUCUGAACUUUCUUCUUUCUCGUUGUGGAAUAGUUUCUCGGGCGUUUUGGUACUCAAAUAAGUGGUGUUUCUUCGUAUAAUGGCGGAUUCUUCGGAAGCGCUUUCUUCUGUAUUGCUUGGACUGGAUUCACUUGAGGUGUCUGUCCUCUCGGCAGUUGGGCUUGGAAUUAUGGCGGGAUUUUCACUGAGUGUAUUCAAAGCAUGUAAAAUUGACGGUGAUUCCGAUUGAUCCGUGUUUAAUGGCUCUUGGUUCUUAAUUUCUCCUUCGGGGGGAUUAAUGGUAUUCGUGGUAUCAGCGUUUUCUUGUAAACAACGUUCACAGGGUAUUUGAUUUUCGUUUCCUUCUCGGGCGCACUGGUCGCAAUAAUCUUCUACAAUUUGUUGACUGGUAGCGGAUUUCUUCUGGAAUGAUCCAGUAAGUAAACGAAAUCUUGGACGGAAAUUGUGGUAGCUUUUGGAACUACUCUUUUUCAUAAGGUAGGAUGGAUAAACGUUUUGUUUAUUUUUCUUCUUUUUCUUUUUGGUUUGCUAUGGAAUAGCAAAGUUUUUCUUUUCUUUUUUUCCUUUUUCGAUGUCGAACAAAUAGGUAAAAGUUCGUGGAUAAAUAUUGGGUAACAAUGCCCUUCGUGGAUAAAUAGUUCAGUCAAUUCAACUGCAUGGAUAACCACGAGACGGCGGGGUGGCCGUUGUGUAAUCUUCUACUGGAGUAAAAGAAUGAGAAGUCGGAAAGUUUUACGUUUCCGAGGGAUUACCUUGAAGUUGUGGUAGUCUUGUCUUGCAACUUUAUCCUCCCGGUCGCAGUAGAGACAGUAGAAAUGCCCAGGUUCUCCACCAAUGUAACGGGAGGAAAUUUCACUGUGUCAAGCGGCUUUUCAGACUGUCAAACUAAAUUGGCAGGAAAGUCGAACAAGGAAAACAACGGAACUAAAGCUCUUCGCGAGGGCGCGAGAAUUAGCAAAUAGUGAUCUGCUAAUGGAAGUUAUUGUCAGGGGAAACUGCAAUUCGGUAGAGCGACUGGCUCGCUGCUGGCACUCGUUACUACUCCCAGAGGUACAGGGUCUAAUUUCCACGUCCCAAGGUACGAAGGUUGGACAAGAACUGAGACUUUUCUGUAAUGCUGCAACUUCUUUUUUGUAGAGUAAACCUCGUAGAUAGUACUUCACAUAUAAUCGCAGGUAAUCGCGGGCUAGGUGAUCGAUUUACAACAGUUUAUGCACUACUUUUGGCAGUCUACAGUAAACACAGGUGUUCGAUUAUCACAAAGGAACACAAAAACCUAUUCAAAAAUACACGUGCUAGCUGAUCAACGCGUUACAAUUCGAUUGGUUAAAAGACUUUUCCUUUAUGGUGAAAAUACAAUACUUCCUAUUUCGGUUCCUGGACUUUUAGAAAAACUCAUGUUGUAAAUCAAGCUGAAUGAACAGAGCACAACAGUUGUUCCUUUGAAAUGCAAAAUAGUUCUUGUCUAACAAAGAGACACGUACAGAAGUACACGUGUUCUACUGAAAUUACAUGUCAGGUGUUCCAAUAUUUGUGGACAUGUCACUGCCUGCUAUUUGUAUUUGAAUAAUACGCUUAUUUCAGCCGCGGAGUUUUAGAAAGAUACGAAAGAGUUAAACUAGAUUUGCUGAGUUGUGCAGAAUUGCUACAAUAACGCUCUGAUGAAACUGAGUUCCGUCCUCAAGGUAACAUUGAAAUAUCGGCUGUGACAAACAGCUUACAAUCAAGUCUUCAGCCAUAGUGUCAUCAAUUCGUAAAAUAGUUUGCUCAUAAAUUGUGCUAAUUAAUUACUCACGAACUACAUCGAUCGUUAAUUCUCUCUUUGAGAUCACGAUACGGCCCUAGUGUUCCUAAACUGACGCUCACAGCCAUCUUUAAGUGUGAACCUAUCGUGAACGGCGUAUGGGUUUUUAAUGCAACGUGAGCAUUUCUCUGAGUUUCCCAGCGCCAACAUAAUCAAUUCACUUAAACUCGAACAAUGACAAAACUUAUUAAGUGACUCCUAUGAUCGAAUCGCUUCGAACAACGCAACUCUGGGUUUCUGUGGGGGGGGGGGGGGGGUUUUGGGGGAAGGGAAAAUGUUUUUAAACCCUUUUAAGAAAAGUUCUUUUCUCGCAAACAGCCCCGUGUGUCUCCCCCCCCCCCCCCCCCCCCCCACCAGACCCUUUUUUUUUCCACAGCCCCCAGAAACGAAAAAUUACAAACCAGUGUUAUUAGCGACUGCUGUGGGCGGCGGGUUGGUUUUUUUAACUAACAUAGGGAUUUCUUUUGAUGUCCCCCAACAAAAAAAAAAAAUUCCACAAAUACACAAAAAAAAAAAAAAUAUAUAAAGGGGCCUGGAGAAGCGGAGUGAUCAAAAAACGCGCGCGUGGGGUUUUGUGGGGGGGGGGGGGGGGGGGAUAUUCGGGCAAGGGAAAAUCGUAUGUAACCACUUUAGAGAACAUCGUUUCUCGGUACCAGACCCUCGUGUCUUCCCCCCUCCCACCCCCUCCGCAUGAUGACCGUUUUUUCUGCACAGACGACCGAAAAUCGAAAUUAUAACUAGGCGUGCCCAGAAAGGGGCAUCCCAGUAACAAGAAACAAUCCAGCCAGUGGUCAGAUUGUGGAUCCAAUGCGUUGACCACUGUCACCGGGCCGAGCCGCUUAGGCAAUGUUUGCACAAGUUCAUGUACGUUAGUAGAAACACACAUUUGUGAACUUGUCCAACCCGCGGGACCGAUUACAUCGUUCGUGUGUACAUGAAAGCCUUGAAUGUGUGUGUGUGUGUUUCAAACUUCAAAGGACUUGUGUAGACAUACUGUAUCCUUAAUAAGCGUUUACGUAGUAACGAAGUGUUAUGUUUGUCUUCAUUCAGUUCCCACAAGGUGUCAUGGAAGAGGAAGAGACAGUGCGCAUUUUUGUUGAGUUUCAGCGAGUUGAAUCAGCGAUUAAAGGUUACUGAAAUCUAAAGACAGGUUAUUUAAAUAUAGCUCAAACUUACCGCCUUUCAAGACUACUCGGUGGAUAUGAAUCGGUUAUUUUACACAGUGACACAUUUGUUACCCGUCUUUACCGUUGCUGUUCUGUAUCAAACUAUCAUUUAUAUCGUUUACUGAUAUCAAAACAUGAUCCACUAUCACGUAGACCGAAACUAGGUAGUUUUGACGUUGCGACUAGCGCUUUUGGCAAAUGACGUCAUACCAGAGACACCAUCUUUGUUUUUACAAAAAAAGGAAUAGGGUAGUAGCCUUGCACGGCCUCUUUGAAUCGGGGCAACACCUCGACUAUUUUGAGUUCAACACUGGCAGUUACGCGAGCAGAGGAAAACGCCUGCAAUGUAGGCUAUAGCUUUUGUAUAAACGUAUUUCUGUCAGAGUUGCUAGGGAAUGCUGGGUGGCCAGUAACGCGAUGAUCUAAUUCUAGACUCUCCCUACAAAGGCUUUUAAUUCUGAGUUGGAUGAAUGAUUCGGUACCAAGAUCUAAUAAUCCAUGUUUUCUUUCCUUUUCAGCUCUUGUUGAUCUCAAUGGAAGGUACUUUGGCGGUCGCACUGUUAGAGGUGCAUUCUACAACUUGGACAAGUUCAGGAGACUGCAUCUCAUGGAUGAUAUUUAAUCAUUUGUGUACAUAUCCAUGCCCUUUUUGACUAACAGAUUGAUUACUUUCCUGUUACCUAGACUGUGCAUCACUCCCUCUAUUCCGAUUGAACUGGGUUAGUAUCUUUGCUGUAACAGGCGAGUUCAACAGAAUACGACUAUGUGAACCAAGAUACAUAUAACCUAAAACAGCUGCAUUUAUAAGCGUUUCUGAAGUCAUUCCAAAAUUUGCUAAUACAGACUGACAGCAAGAGCAUUUUAGUACCCACGGAACUACCUAGUCUCCGAACGGACUGCUGAAUAUGUUAUCUCAUCUUUAAAUAGGCUAAACUUUUGUGCCCUCUGAGCAAAUCGUUCGCCCUUGUAAAUUUGAGCUGUUGCAUCCCGUGAAUAUUAAAACUUAAUCUUUCCGUUGAAAGUUUUUUGCCACUUUAUAAAGGCUCUAAAUCGUCAUCUUGCAGUCACAGCGUAAAGAAAAAAAACAAUCAUAACAUAAUCGUAACCAUUAAAAGACGUUUCUGGUGAAAUGUAUUUGGAGCUAUUUGUUACUUUUUUUACGUAACCGUUACAAUUGUUUUGUACUCACUGGCAAGCAUUAAGACAUUUCGCAAGUCCAUUUUGGUACAAAACUCUGCUUGCAAGGGGGAAGAAAUAUCUCAUUUGUACUCCUGAGGACAAAUAGAACAGUGACCAGUUGAAGUCAUCCCCGCCCAUGCUUACUAGUCGUAAAUUAAAAAUUGUAAAUAUCCUAUUAGCCACUCAUCUUUUCAGCUUUUUAGCAAUAAUUUACUACACCGGUUCGGUUGGGGGACUUUUGUCCGACCGCGUGUGGCACAGUGUGUAAUUAUCGGAGUAAUGAGUCAUGAAUGGCCCCUUACGUGAGUUUGAGAUAGACCGCGACAAUGGGGACUACGUUCCCCAACUUGUUACGAAUACUUUGUAUGUUGUUGACUGUCCUAAUAGCCGGAUUCGUUAUAUAUAUUUGAGAAAAAGUUGCGAAUCGGGUCUACGUUUUA